AAAAGAGGUAGAGAUUAUCUGUUUCUUUUGGGGACUACAUCUCUGGUUUAUGCCUUCUUUGGCUUUACAUUGCUAUGUUUUUUUACUAAAUGUAAAUCAUAUUUUCUUCUAUUAUAAGGUAAUCAAUUCCAUUUUGUCGCUCCCUAAAUGCACAGGACGCGGUGUUAUCUCUGCACUUAUGUAACACACAGAGCAUCAGUCGGUUCCUGAGUCAAGGGCGAAAUUAAAGCAAGCAUUUUUGAAAUCCAUUUUUUCCCCCGUUGUUAAUCCCAGUGAUUUCUGAAGGGAUUACCGGACCAAUCAUGAUAGAGGGAACGCGGCUCGCCUGACGCUGCUCGGAUUGGAUGAUGGGCGCACAGAGUGACUGGAAACAACAGCCACCUUUGGACCUGCAGGAGAUGCUCUGAGAAAGCUUACUUUUGUUUACAUUCUCGAUUCGGAAUACAACCUCUUUUUCUGCUUUUGCAUCCUUUCUUUCUUUCUUUUUUUUAUCCUUCCAUCGUCCCUCAUGCUGGAAACAGACCCGAUCCUGCGGGUUGCAACGUCUGCAUGGCUGCUCGGUGCAGGUUAUGUUAACAUGGAAGACUCUGUCUGGAUCUUUUUCCCAUGACCAGCAAAUGGAGGAAGAAAAAGCAGCUACUGAAAAAAAAUUCAGCCCCGUACCUGCAGGACUUCCCAUUAACUGGGGGCUCAUUACCGGCCCGGUUCCGGAACCAGUUUUCUCCACUUCGUCCUUCAACACGUCGCUCCCUCCUCAGAGUUCAGCCGUGCACGCGUUACAGACGAAGGUGAAGUCCCUUACUCAAAGGAAGACAAGAGGGAGAGACCGAGAGAAGGACAGGGAAAGGCUGAGCCCAUCGGAACAAAGUCAAUCGGAAGUUUUUGUGCGGCACCGAGUCAGAGAGAGAGAACAGCUGUCUGUGCCGGCUCCUUCAUGGCAGUCAGGGGUCAAGAAGCACUUGAGCAGCAGUGAUGAAGACGAGGAGGUAGAGGUGCAGGUCAGGCUACAGAUCCACAGUCCACCAGUCGAUGUACAAAGAGAGCGUCUGGAAGAAGAUAGUAAAAAUGACAAAUCCAACAAAAAUGAGCACCAGAGUGGUUGCCAGGAAGGACGGUCUCGUAGUUUCAAGAAGAGCGCCAGUCUGGAGAGUAUUCUCUCAGACAACUCAAGAAGUAAGAAAAACCCAUCGCCUCCUCCACCAUCAGCUUUGCUCUCCUCUUCCUCAGCUUCCAACAACUCUGCUUCCACUUCAAACUUGUCCUCAGCUAAACACUGGGCACCUCCAAAGGGCUUCUGGAGAGUGGCACGUCCAGAAACCCUGCUCCUCAGUGGCGUUGGCUCUGACAGCAUACCACCAAAGGACUACACUCAGAUAGAAGAACAUAAGGAGCAUCAGAGGAAGUCAGAAUCUGAACCGACCAGCGGAAAGGAAGCCAGAGGUGGGUCGGAUACCAUCAACACGCCAUCAGAACUGAAACAAUCAGGGAGUGGGGAGUGCUACCUGGACAGGUGGGAGCAAAAGGAGGCAGAUGUGGUUGAACCCGCCAAAGAACUGUGCAACUCAGACUCCUGGGAGAGCAUCACUUCUCUACCCUCUCAGAGCGGAGUGCUCUGUGCUGAUUUGAAGCUUCGGGUGAAGGAGAGGGCCUACGCCAAGUUGAGGGAACGACAACAAAACUGCAGGGAGGAACAAGAUCAGUGUGGAGGAGAAAGUGUGGGCUACUGUGGAGACUUCACAUACAGAGUGGACUAUAAAGUUUCAGGAAGCCAAAGUGUUUUGGACAACACCAACACUGCCUUUCUCGCUCAAGAACUUGAGCCCUAUUUGAGGUCACUUCUUGUAAUUGGGGAUGAACUACCUCUAAGCCCGAGACAUGAGGAGGCCAAGCGUCUUCUGGAGCGUGCGAGGCUCAAAGCUCGCUCCAGUCACAUCAGAGGCGAUCGGCCCAGACGCUCCCAUUCGGAUCAGAGGACCUCCGUCAAAAAACACCAGAGUGAAUCAUCAAGUCCAACCAAAGUACAAAAAGCUGUUCAAACCAAAGAGGAUCUUUCAACCCAGACCGUCCUGGGCCCCUUCCUUGUCCCUAUGCAGAGAGAAACUUCCCCCACCGACCAACCAGGCCGCACCAGGCGUCACGGCUGUUCGCCGACGCGUGUACGCUUCGAGGACGAAUCCGAGAAAGAAGCAGAGUCUCGCUAUUUGGACAGAGUGAAACAGCGAGGACGGCCAGGGAUGCCAAAGUCCAAGAAUAAGGAUACCAACACAGAUUCCAGCAGUAGUGGUUCAGAGAAGAGCAGAGGUCACAGAAGCGUCUCCAUGCCCCCUCCUUCCAAGCAAAAUGAGGUGGUAAAAAGUGAGGAAACGGUUGUCAAAGAAAUAAUAGUGCUGGUAAAGAAAUGUGAGGCGUGUGGUUCAGUCGUCAGAGAACCGCAGCCUCCGUCCACAGUAGAUCCACAGAACAGUGAGCCGCCGCAGGCUGGCAGCACCGAGGACGCACGGGGAAAGGCCUCUCCUCGCUGGGUGCUUUCAAACAAACCAGACACGAGCACUCGUCCCAAAGCUUCACUCACCGUCACGUUUGCUGGGGCUUACGUGUUGGGGGAAAGCAAAGAGGUUAGCUCGGGGUGGAAGUCUUCUGGCUUUGGCAAACUCAGGAGAAGGAGCAGGAAAGGAGAAAGUAGGCUGGAGUCGGGUCACGGCCCUUACGGCCCAUCGUGGGCUCAGCGACGCAACUCAAAUCCAAGGAACAGAGUCAACUUGAGCAGAAGCGUUUCAUUCGCACCUGGCAGUCCCAUGACUCUGGAGCCACACUCACAGCCGCCCUCGGGGGAACUGAGGGAGUCCCCUACCCCAUCGUUGCCCAUAAAGUCGGCCCUGAAGUCCAGCUCCCGGAACCGUUCUGCUGCAGGGCAGUCCACGGUUCAGUUUCAGAUGUCAUCAAAUCAGGGAGACGGUGGAUCGCCGCCUCUACUGGACUCUUCAGAGACGUCUGCGUCCCUGAGCCAAGGGGGGGCAACGUCAGGCAACCAAGUACCCUGUGCCAGACCCACCACUCUGAGAUACUCUCCAGCUAGAAUCCCUGCAGAUCUACCAUCGGCCGAGCUCUGGGAAAACACUCCAGAUGCAGCAGGUCUGAGUGGAGAUUCAGGUUUUGGUUCAGACAGUCGCUCCGUGCGAGGCCCGGGUUUGUCGAGGGCUGAGGAUCUCAGAGCUGAACUGCUGCGAGCAGAGCAUCUGAAAGCUGAGGCCUUAUGGGAGGAGAACAGCGAUGGUUCCAGAAAACUCGACGGGAGGCCGAAGCUGUUCCUGCGGCGCUUCUUCUCCUCCAUCGGUCUGAACAGUGUUGGCAGACUGGUGAAAGGAGGUCGCUCCAGCAGCAUGGAACAGCUCAGUAUUCCUUCUGCCCCCCGAGCAAACUCAGCCUCACCGAGUCCUACACGCAGACCCCAGCCCUCCAUUCGCAUACAGAGGACACCGUCUCUGCAGACCCUACACACGGUGCUGCCACUGGCCCAGCUGCGGAAAGCCUCUUCUGUGCAAAGUUUAGAGAGAAGAACAGAACGGUCAACAAUUCUUGGAGAGGUGCAGAUACCAUAUGGUCUGGCACCCAGCCCAGAUAGCCCUCAGCUUGAGCUUCACAGGACUCUGAGUGUGGAGGACGUGCUCGUCACUAGAAUAGUGCGCCCGCUGGGCCGUGUGACCCAGGCUUUUCCUGAUGGCUCCCUCCUCCUGGAGCUCAUUAAGCCACCAAAUGGUCCUUUUGGUUUUGUGAUUUCAAGAGGAAAAGGUCGUCCAGAUACAGGUGUUUAUGUUGAAAAAGUGGGCGAUGGGAGUGGAGAGGGCCCGUAUGUCGGCCUCCUCGGAGUCGGGGAUGAAAUCCUGCAGGUGAAUGGAGAGGCGGUGGCUGGACUUAGUUUGGAUCAAGUGACUCGACUCAUGACUCGAGACAACACCGCUUCCCUGCGGAUUCUGCCAGCUCGACGCAAUCAGCGCUGAGAGGCGGGACAGAUGCGUCUGUUGAGGACAAACUGAGCUGUUUGGCGGAUGAACAGACGGAGAAAAUUAAUUUAUUCUGUAAAACAGAUCUGCAGGAAAUAGUACAAGAUGCACAAAAGGGUUAGGUAUUGUUCAAACAAAUCAGCAGAAUUAUUUAAAAAUUGGUAUUUCAGUGUGGAAAACGGUUAUAUGUGGAAUUCAAACUCACUUUUGUGAUUAAAUUGAAUCAAAUUCAUAACUUUUUUAAAGCUCUCGACAUCAUACUGCUGUUUUGACACAUUUAAAACUGUAAAAUCUUGCUUCUGUUGUAAAGUUUUGAAAAAUAAUGUAUACCCUAUCAUAGUUAUCAUAGACUCCUUAUAUAAAAAAAGAGCUGUAAAAUAAAUCUUUUUUUGAAAAGGUUUAAAUGUUGUUUUGCUUGACUUAAAGUAGUGUCCAUGUUUGUUUGGCUAUAGUUUUAUUUUUCCAAUGGCCUAACAUGAGAUUAUUGCUUCAAAAUAAAAAAAAUAAAUAAA